AUGGUUUCGGCCAACUACGUCGGUGGGCUGCUGGCUCGGGCCUCGUGGCUGUCUACUCUCAGUGCAGACUCGGAUACUGCUCGGGAAUCAUACAAACAAAACACAUAUGCUGGCAUAAAAACUCUACAAAACUGGUAUGACCGUGACACGGGACUAUGGGACUCGACGGGAUGGUGGAACAGCGCCAACUGCCUUACAACCCUCGCCGACCUCGCCAACUUGAAAAACGUCGACUUGAGUGACGCGGGUAUCAAUAUUGCCGACAUUAUUCAAAACACAUACGAGCAGGCCCAGGAGACACAAGUGACGGCAUCCAAGGUUAUCGACGAGGGUGGCCUGCCUAGAUCGAGCUACGUCAGGAUACCCAAGCUCCCCAAGACAGUGUCCAAGCGUGGCUUUGACAACUUCCUCAACGACUACUAUGAUGACGAGGGCUGGUGGGCGUUGGCCAUGAUUGCCAGCCACGAUCUCGGAGUGCAGGGCUUGGGCGAUCAGGAGUAUAUUCAGGCGGCCCUUGAAAUCUUUGAAGACAUGCACAAGGGCAACUCGUCGUGUGGUGGUAUCUACUGGAGCAAGGUCGGCACCUAUACCAACGCCAUUGCCAAUGAGCUUUACUUGAAGGUUGCUGCGUCGCUGGCCAACCGAAUGAGCAACAAGCAGUACUACCUGGACAUUGCCGUGACGCAAUGGAACUGGUUCAAGAACAUUGGAUUAAUCAACUCGGACAACCUCAUCAACGAUGGUCUUGAUGACAGCUGCCACAACAACGGUCAGAAAACGUGGUCAUACAAUCAGGGUGUAGUCCUCGGUGGACUGGUUGAGCUAUACAAGGCCACUAGUGAUGCCACUUAUCUGGUAGAGGCUCAAACCAUAGCUUCUGCAGCCAUCAACCUAUUGACAGUCAACAGCACGCUCGUCGAGGGCUGCGAGCCCAACUGUGGCUCGGACGGCAAUCAGUUCAAGGGCGUAUUUAUGCGCAACUUGAUGGAGCUGCAGAACGUGGCUCCCAAGGACACCUACAAAGCCUUCAUCUUGCACAAUGCCGACUCCAUCUGGAACAACGACAACAACGCGACACAGUUUGGCGUCGCAUGGGCCGGUCCAUACACCACGGCAGAUGCUGGCUCGCAGAGCUCGGCACUCGAUGCCAUGGUCGCUGCGAUUGCGGUUGUAUAG